AACCUCGAAACUCACAGGAACUCUUUCUCCAUCAUGUUUUAUUCGUUUCUCAUUGGUUUGGCUAUUUUAUUGCCUCUUUUUAUUCAUUUUCGAUUCCCGUAUUUUUUUAAAGAAUGUAUGUAUGUACUCAAACUAAUUAACGUCGUGAGAUUAAUGACUAAAUUCAGGAGCCAAACGCCCUGUUACACGGUACUGGAAUGUUUUCAGGACGCCACGAGGAAUCAUCCGGAUAAACGCUUUAUCAUUUUUGAAGGAGAGUUUUAUUCUUACCGCGACGCCGACAGAAUCAGUAACAGAGUCGCGAACGCGCUAAGGGAUUACGCGCAUGUGCGAGCGGGUCAGAUCGUCGCGCUCUUUCACGGGAACGCGCCGCUGUACGUGUGGACGUGGCUCGCUCUCGCCAAACUGGGCUGCACGGUCGCGCUCCUGAACACGAACAUCAGGAGCAAAUCCCUAGUGCACUGCUGCAACUGUUGCAACGCUGCAGUCCUCAUCACUGAUGCAGAUUUGGCACCGGCAGUGGCUGAAGUUCUUCCGUCUCUCCGUAAGCAGAACGUGUCUGUGUAUGUGCUGUCAGACAGCUGUGAGACAGACGGGAUUGUGAAUCUGUCCGCUGAAGUCAUCUCUGCAUCUGAAGGGUCCCCACCCCUCAGCCUGAGAUAUGACAUCAGCAUCAAGAGCCCCGCCCUCUAUAUCUACACCUCCGGCACCACAGGUCUUCCUAAAGCUGCAGUAAUAAAUCACGAGAGAUUAUGGGCUGCAGCGUUCCUGCUGAGAAUGUUAGGUGUCACAUCCUGUGAUGUCAUCUACAUCUAUCUGCCCCUGUACCACAGCGCUGGCUUCCUCAUCGGCCUCUCAGGAGCAUUAGAGCGGGGGAUGACAGUGGUGCUGAGGAGGAAGUUCUCUGCUUCCCGGUUUUGGGAUGACUGCAGGGAACACAAGGUGACGGUCAUCCAGUACAUUGGAGAGAUCAUGCGAUACCUGUGCAACACACCUAAGAGAGACACAGAUCAUGAUCACAGUGUGCGGCUGGCAGUGGGCAAUGGGAUUAGAGCGGACACAUGGAGAGAGUUCAUACAGCGAUUUGGGAACGUGCGGAUCUGCGAGUUAUAUGGAGCGACUGAGGGAAACAUGGGAUUUGUGAAUUAUCUUGGAAAAGUCGGUUCAAUAGGAAGAGUGAACACGCUGCAUAAGAUGCUCUGCCCUUAUGCCUUCAUUAAAUUUGACCCGGAGACUGAAGAGCCAGUACGAAAUUCUGCAGGAUUCUGUGUUGAAGUCCCUCCAGGUGAAACUGGGCUGUUAGUGGCAAAGAUCAGUAAUAUCGCUCCAUUUAACGGCUAUGCUAAAGACCCUCAACAGACAGAGAAGAAGAAACUGAAGAAUGUGUUUCAGACAGGAGAUGUUUACUUCAACACUGGAGAUCUCAUUCUAGUUGACCAUGACGGAUUCUUGUACUUCCAGGAUCGCAUUGGAGACACGUUCCGGUGGAAAGGAGAAAAUGUUGCAACAACUGAAGUGUCUGAAAUGUUGAUCAUGUUGGAUUUCAUUGAAGAAGCAAACGUCUACGGAGUUAAAUUACCAGGUCACGAGGGACGGAUCGGAAUGGCGGCUCUGAAACUCAAAGACGGGGCAGAGUUUGAUGGUUCUGCCACAUACGCUCACGUUAAGAAUGUCUUACCUGCCUAUGCCAUACCACGCUUCAUCAGAAUACAGAACACACUUGAAGUGACAGGAACUUUUAAACAGAUCAAGGGGCGGCUGGUGCAGGAGGGAUUCAGCCCAAACACCAUCCGGGAUGAACUUUUCUUCCUGGAUGACUCUGAACAGACAUUUGUUCCCAUGACAGAAGAGAUUUUUAUGUUGAUCAGUGAAGGACAAAGGAGACUGUGACAUAAAAACUCUUAUUUAGCUGAAAAUUAAACUGCAAAAGGCACAGAGAUGCUUAUUAAUGAUCAAUAUACACAUAUUAACACUUAAUAAAUCAUGGAUCCAUUUACA